AUGGAUGUAUUUGAAGUUCAGUUAAAGAGGGCGCCAACACGAAAGCAACAGAAGCUAGCUUUGCUGUCUUCCUGGGCAGCCAGAUUGAGUGGGAAUGCGCAACGAGGCGCUGCUACAUGGAUUGCAUCCAGUAUUACCAUAGAAGAGAUGCAGAUCACGCUCAGUAUGGAUAUUAGGAGGCUCGGAAGACACCCCACAGAGACCCAAACCUUGGACAUAUGCAGACACCGGACAAAGUUGCAAAGUCGGAUAGAUGAAUUUACCAUUGUGGCAGCAACUCAUCUAGGCGAGGGCUUCGACGUGGAUGACGAAAUUAGAGAUCUCCACUUGGACUUCAUGGAUGACGAUUCGGAAGAUAAUGGAAUUGAUGGCAGUGAUACCGAAUCUGAACUGGAAGCCGAUGGACAACAGUGGUGA